GACACCAAAAGAAGAGAACCUUCCUCAGUGCGCCCGGAAGAAGCUCCGUUUUACUCUAGAGACGAGCCUGGACGGACACGGUAAUGACUGCAUGAGAAAACUGUCAGGACUUCGGGGGAUUUAAAACAUGUCCGCUGUUUUUUACGCCUUUCUUCUCCUCUGGUACUUCCAAACCAGCACUGUCAGAGCUGAGCUGAAACACCCCAAAAACUUGGCCAUGAUUACCUUGAACACCAAUUACAUGCUGACCUGGGAUUGGGACCAGAGUUCAUCAGAGAGUGGCGCUGUCAACUUCACCACACAAUACGUGGCGAAGUACAAGCUGACUUCUAAACGACUGUCGAAAAAAAAAAGUCCGGUUUGGAUCACGGCGUGUGAGAAGACUUGGCGUAGGUCAUGUGACCUUACAAAGUUCAGUCUGUACUAUCUGGGCAUCUAUGUACUUCGUGUACAAGCCAACGUGAACGGGGAUGUUUCCGCCUGGGAGCAGAAGGAAUUCUGCCCUGAUACAGAUGCUGAUUUGGGUCCUCCAAACAAAGUGGAUCUGUCUCCUGCUGGAAGUGACCUCGACGUUUUUAUCUCUGAUCCUGUGACCAGCACCAACAUCUCCAUGAAGGAAAAUCAUCCCGAGCUGUAUUACCACGUUGUUUACUGGGAACGCUCUGCAGGGCAACAGGCUGUAGGAACCCAAACGUUGGAUAGCAGUGCCAACAUAGUGACUCUGCCAAACCUGAAGCCCUGGACAUGGUACUGUGUGAGAGUCCAGUCACGCUACGACUACUACAACAAGAAGAGCAUCUUCAGCUCGCCACACUGUAUGCAGACCGAAGGUGCCACUCCCUGGUGGCAGAUCUUCAUGUACUUCAUGGCCUCUCUCGUGACCACCUUCUUGGUCAUAUUGCUACCACUCUACAGCUGUUUUCGGUGCUACAAGACUCUUAAGGAAACGUGGUUCCCAUCCGUCCUACUACCCACACCAAUCCAGUAUCUCUGGGACUCAACUGGGUACGAUAUUCCUCGCCUCGUCUCCCCAGAAUCAGACUCCGAGCUGUUGUGUGAUAGGGUGACCGUUGAACCACUGCUCCACAUUCUUCCCCCUGAGGCCGUCCCGGCACCCCUUUCAUGCCUGGAGCCAGACAGCAGACAUAGUCGUCAGGACAGCAGUGGCAGUGGAGACUCAGGAGUGUACUCCACGGGGGGCAGCUCCGGCCUGCGGCAGCCCAACACCAGCCAUUCCUCCACAUUGGCCGAAGUCUUUGACUUGGUACAAGUGAAGAUACAGGACAUGGCUCCAGGACUCAAGGCUCAACAUGUGAACGUAGACGAGGGCAUUGUAGACAUGUGCGUUUGAAGGAAAGCAUGCAAAAAGAUGUCUGUUGAGCAGAGCAGAAAGUGAGAAAGACAGGUUUGUGGUAACAUGUGUAGCGUGCCUUUUCUCCAGCCUCACUGUGAAACAAAGAUCGGACUAUUACCAGUACAAGAUGAUGUGUGACACACCCAGAAGAAGACUGAUCCGCUGUGAUGUCAUCCAAUGUUUUCAUUUCUCUCUUCAGAUUCUAUACGUUUGUCGUUAAGUAUGGAUUAAUUCAUUUAUUUUGUAUAGCUCAAAAUCGCAAAUUACAAAUUUGCCUCAGAGGGCUUUACAGUCUGUACAUAUGCAACAUCCUCUGUCCCGAAACCCUCACAUCUGCACAGGAAAACUCCCCAAAAAAUGAAAAACCCUUCCAUGGGGAAAAAAGGGAAGAAACCUCAGGAAGAACGUCAGAGGAGGAUCCCUCUCCCGGGAUGGACAGACUGCAAUGGAUGUCAUGUGUACAGAAUGAACAACGUAAAAGAUGUACAAUACAUUAAAUUCCUAUAACAGAAAUUAUUCAAAUAAUUGCAAGUAGUAAGCCAGGUGUACGAUAGGACCACUGCAGGGACAUUAGGUUGCAGUGUAUUUGUAUUGCAGUCUGCAUCAAUCCUGACUUUUAGCUCUUUGUUACCGGUUACACGGAUUGAGUAUAUUAACUGCAUGUAGGACAAUUACACUUCAACAGCUCCAGUGGCACUGAUGGCCAUUUGAGGGGUUUAGUCCUACUGACGACGUGAUUUAGUUCAUGCAUCUCCCGUGGAUCUUUCCAAGGUAAGCCUGUCUUCAUUUUAACAAGCUCUACAUUAUUUCGGUGGAAUUUAUGAUUCUUGUAGAAUCUUGGUACCAAAUUGUUUUUUUGCUCUUUAUGACAAGUAGAUUUUCUUUUAUAUUUGUUUGGAAGAUAUAUUAUUUCCACCUCCGUCUAUUCUCCAUGUUUGAGUUUUGAGUAAGAAACUUGAUGGUAACUGACCUUGCAUCUACACAUUGAUAGUUCAGAAUUCUCUAUGUUCACAUCGAUCAGCAAAGAUGGAGGAGGAGUCCUUUAACCACAAUGUCGGGGCUUUGAUCCCAGCUCCUGCUGUCUGUAUGUUGAGGGUUCCUGGCCGCUGGUGCUUACGAUGGGUUAAAUGCAGACAUCGUAUUUCUUGACAUACCUUGAUGGAUAUCAGUGUUGUGUUUUUUGAGGCAGUCAGAAGCUAGGCAAACCGAAAUGUUCCAGGUCUAUCUAAGCUUGCAUAAAUCUGUGAGCUCAACUUUGAUUUAUUUUCCUGAAGCUUGAUCCAGUUUUACUCUGACCCCAAGUUCAGAUCUGCAUUGCCUUAUCACGUCCAUCUGUUAAACAAUGUACUGGUGACUUAAGUGGUAAUGUUAGUGUACGUGUCGCCCAACUAUUCCAUAUAAAGCAUCCGUGUCAAUCCUGUAAAUGUAAUAAAUAAUAGCAUUGGGUAUUCAUCAUUUAAA